GGUUGUAACCUACUCUUAAAGAUUUGUACCCUGAAGAAGAAAAAAUGGAUUCUUUGCAUCUGAUAUUAAGUCUACUGUGCUCUGUUUUUGCUUUGGUUUCUGGGUAUUCAAGAACUCUGCAGAUUUCAUCGUUUGAUGAAGGCUAUUCGCAUUUAUUUGGUGGUAAUAAUCUGCAAGUUCUGAAAGAUGGGAAAUCUGUGCAUUUAUCCCUUGAUGAAAGAACAGGUUCUGGGUUUGUUUCACAAGACCUUUAUCUUCAUGGAUUCUUCAGUGCCUCCAUUAAGCUUCCUGCUGAUUACACAGCUGGGGUGGUUGUUGCUUUUUAUAUGUCAAACGGAGAUACGUACGAGAAGAACCAUGAUGAAAUCGACUUCGAGUUCUUGGGUAAUAUCCGAGGCAAAGAAUGGAGGAUACAAACCAACAUCUAUGGCAAUGGAAGCACAAAUGUUGGAAGAGAAGAGAGAUUUGGGCUUUGGUUUGAUCCUUCUUAUGAUUAUCAUCAAUAUAGCAUUCUUUGGACCGACGAUCGUAUAAUAUUUUAUGUCGAUAAUGUUGCCAUUAGAGAGAUCAAAAGAACCGAGUCAAUGGGCAAAGACUUCCCUUCCAAGCCCAUGACUUUGUAUGCAACGAUAUGGGAUGCUUCAGAAUGGGCCACAAACGGAGGCAAAUACAAGGUAAAUUACAAAUACGCCCCUUACAUUGCGGAAUUCUCCGACUUUGUCCUCCACGGAUGCACAGUGGACCCCAUGGAACUCUCGACGUUGAAAUGCGACACCACACCGAAUUCCAAUUCAAUCCUUGCUGACUUAACGCCUGCGGAGAGGAUUAAAAUGGAGAGCUUCAGAAAGAAACACCUUCAAUACUCGUAUUGCUACGACAAAAUGAGAUAUAAAACACCUCCAUCCGAGUGUCUCGUGGACCACGAAGAAGCUAAGCAGCUCAAAAGCUUUGAUCCAAUUACGUUCGGUGGAAGCCGUUGCCGCCACCGCUCUCACCACGGGAGGAUGCACCGCCAAAGCCGGUCGGUAUCAUUUUAAGUAAAGAGGGUGUAGUUUAUUCAUCCUUAUUGUCAUUACAGUGGUCUCUCUUUUUUGUUUUUUUGAUGAUGAAUAGAUUUAAUUCAUAUGUGAAUAGAUGGGAAAAAAAUGAGUGGGGCUGGCAUAUAAUUUGCUUGUGGUUGAGUGAUGGAUGAUGUUGAAGGUCAUGAUGAUAUAAUGUGUUUAUUUGGACCACAUUUUAAUGAUGUUUUUGUGUACUAUAAUAAAUAAA